AUGUUAUUGAAUGUAGUUUGGUUUCUGAUAGUUACGAUUUUUGACCGCUCGUCUGCUCGAAAUGGUUUCAUUAAAGAUCAGAAUGAAGAUUUAGUUCAGUUCCCACCAAAGUUGCAGCCCAGUUUUGAUAGCAACAUUCCGAUUGGAUGGCAGAACUUACCUGAAGGCAUUAUAGCCGAAGAAAAGGGAAUGUUGUCAUACGAGAAGUUUUUCAAAAAGUACGUCUCCAAACAAAAACCUGUCGUAUUCAGAAAUGGCAUAACGGAAGCUCCUGCUUUGGUCAAAUGGAGCAAAAAAAAUUAUUUGAAAGAAAAGUUUUCUCAUAUUGACGUUAACGUUACUGUAAAAAAAUCUAAAUCUGAUAACAUCCCAAAAACCAUGAAGUUUGGAAAAUUUUUGAAAGAUUAUUUGUACGACAACCUCUACAUGUCCAACUACGUGCCUCAAGAAAUGAUGGCGGACCUCGUGUUGCCUAGUUGUCUGAAUUGUGCUUUUGAAGACUGGCUCAUGGAAUGUGAACUAUGGAUGAGUUCGGGAGGGACCAGCAGCUUACUUCAUUCACAUGCCGAUCACGAUGUUCACUGCAUGAUAUCCGGCCGAAAAGAUUUCAUACUUAUUGAGCAAAACUACAAGCAUGUUUUUAAAUUUAUUGAAAAGGAACAUUAUCAUGGUGCCGGAUAUUCUGACAUUGACAUGGAUCAAAUAAAUAUGUUCAAAGAUCGAGAAAUCGGCAAUGUUCCUUGGAGGUGGAGCACAUUGAGGCCAGGAGAUUGCAUAUUUGUACCUGCUGGUUACUUGCACCAAGUACGAUCUUAUGGAAAAAGCUCAUCAUACACCAAUCAUUUUGCUCCAACUCCGAGCUUAAAUUUUGCCCACUGUAAAGAAAAUUACAACAAAGAGUAUCCUCUAAAUGAAAAACACUUUUUAUGGAGUUACAUAAACGGAAAAUUGCUGCUUGCUAAUGAUAAUUUGGAUGCAAAAACUGUAGCAAAAAUUUUGCUGAUGAUUAUUCGGAACCAAACGACGUUGACAAAAGGUCUUUUUGAAAGUUUUUACGACGACGUAAUGGCACAAGCUACAAAUUAUCCCCCUGUUAAUGAAGUGUGGUCACUGCUCACAUCAAGUUACCAAGCCGACGUUCAAAGCAUCUCUAGAGUUUAUAUCUCGAAGAUUCCGAAUGAAACACUCAAUAAACUGGCUCUAAUAUUUAAUAUGUCCCGUAGGCAAAUGUGGCCGGCUAAAAAAGAUGAACUUUAA